AUGGAGCCAUCAUCAUCAACUCCAUCAUCAUCUGAGGCCUUUUUCCAGGGCCUGAUGAAGCAGUUGACCGAGAGCGACAAGCUCAUCGAGAAACUUGUGAAGAAACUCGAUGACGCGACGACAACAACGACAGAGAAGAGGACCCUUGUGGCGGUCCCGGCUCUGAACGGCGAAGGCGACUUGGAGGUCUGGGAGUCCCAGAUCCGAGCCUCCCUGGCACCCGACAACCUAUUUCGAUACCUGGAAAAGGACAUCCCCGAACCAGAAGACCAGGAUUCUACUGAAUGGAAGCGGUGGAAGACUGACCGACAGGACAUCUUCAAGCUCCUGACGGCGUCACUCAAGAAGGCAUCGGUGAUAUCCCGCAUGACACGAAUCGGCUGGAAGCCUGAUGAUGUCGACCCCCGAAGGCUGUAUCUGAAGGCAUUCGAGGCACUACAGCACGGCACAGAGGAAACGUCGCGCAUGCUUACGCACGAAUUCUUCACGAUGACCCCCAAGAAGUUCGAUUCCAUGGACGCCUAUAUCUCCCGAGUUUGCGUCCUGCGCCAGCGCCUGCGCACUGCGGGACUGGAGCACCCCCUCAAGACGGAUCUUUACACAGUCCUGACUGCCAUCAAACCAUCGCACUCCGAAAUCUACGAAAGGUGCAUGGCGAAGAUCGAGAAGGAUAAACUGGCCUGGGACGAUUUUAUCAAGGAACUGACCGAGAAGUGCGUGGAUACCGACAUCAACAAAUCGGCAAACGCAGCCAUCAAGAUUGAUGGAAAGAAGGCUCAGAACAACCAGAACAACAACAAGUCUCAGGAUUCGUCGCCACAGUUGUCGAACUCGAACUCAAACCAACAAGGUCAACAACGUGUCAAAUGCUCUGCAUGCGACAGGAUGAUUUUCAAGGGUCACAUCCAUUCGGCGAACGGCCCUGCGAUGUCCGACUGA